CUUGCCAAGAGAAAAGAACAAUGAGGAUAUUCAUUGGGUUUCUCAAAUUCAUACUGUUAGCCAUACUAGUGCUUGAGUAUGGGGUCCUUGCUCCUAAUUCAUGGAGAGCUACAAGCACAGUGGUUCAUUGCAUAGAGAGGGAGAGGCAAGCCUUGCUUCAGUUUAAGGAUGGCCUUGGGGCGGAUGACUCAGGCAUUUACGCAUGGUCUUUAUGGGGCAGUCAGAAGCACAAGAGAGAUUGCUGUCAAUGGGAGGGAGUUUAUUGCAGCAACCAAACAGGGCAUGUCUUGAUGCUCCAACUUGCUGGUGAUGAUGAUUCAAACCAAUCGCUUUUGAAAGGUAACAUCAGUGCAUCAUUGAUGGAGUUGCAAUACUUGAUGUAUUUCAACCUUAGUUUCAAUUCUUUUGAAGAUGGCUAUAUCCCUGAAUUCUUUGGCUCUCUAAGAAACCUAAAGUACCUUGAUCUUCAAAGAUGUAACUUAAAAAAGGGAAAUAUUCCAAGUCAACUAGAGAAUCUCUCACAAUUGCUGUAUCUUGAUCUCUCGAAAAAUUAUUUUUUUAGAGGAGAAAUACCUUAUCAACUUGGGAAUCUCUCACGAUUGCAACACCUUGAUCUCUCAACCAAUCAACUUGAAGGAGUAAUACCUUAUCAACUUGGGAAUCUCUCACAAUUGCAACACCUUGAUCUCUCAUCUAACAGACUUGAAGGAGAAGUACCUUAUCAACUUGGGAAUCUCUCACAAUUGCAACAUCUUGAUCUCUCAUCUAAUGAACUUGAAGGAGUCGUGCCUUAUCAAUUGGGAAAUCUUUCAAGAUUGCAAUAUCUUGAUCUCUCAUAUAACAACCUUGGAGGAGUAAUACGUUUUCAACUUGGGAACCUUUCAAACUUGCAAAAGCUUUUCCUUGGUUCAAAUGAUGGUGCUAUCAAAAUUGACGAAAAGAAUGGUGGUGGAGGUUAACUAUGGGAACUUCAUGCACGGGCUGAUGAAGGAGAAUAUCAAGCUUAACAGGAAGGUUUUGUCAGAGAUUUCCAUGCAUGAGCCUUAUAGCUUCAAGGCUUUGGUAGACAUUUCUCGAACUGCUUUUCCUGGAAACAAAAAUGUGGUCAUUCCUCCGAGAAAGGUGGCCUUCUAAAGCAUUUGCCAUUUAAGCAUCAAAUUAAGUAGUUUGUAACAGUAAAAUGGUUGAGUAUCUUCAUGAAUUUUUCCCCUUGUGCUCAAUUAAUUAAUGACUAUCUGCA